UUCACACGGCAAAGACCGUGUCCAUUUAAGUCAAAAUCGCGAAAACCUUAACCCUACCGUUGUUUAAAACCUUGGUUGUGUACAUGGGCCGCGUUCGAAUUCAAUCGGGUCAUAAGGUAUUCUCAUGCAUGAAUGCAUGGCACAACGCUUAAACCCUCUUUCUCACCAAAAACCAUGAGAAUCAAAUUGAAUUGAAUCUCAAAUGAUUCAAUUCCAAAGAAGCUUCUUCACCACCACCACCACCACUCCUUCUCCCUCUCUUCGCAACCUCAUGUUUCAACUCAGAUCAUUCCGCAAUCCGUUAAUCUCGCCGCACGUGAAUGUAACUAACUUCGCCCUCCAACGCUGUAACCGCUUUCCGUUUCGUUCAUUCAGCUUUAUCAGCAACGUAACUAACUUCACUGCUUUGAAGACCGUUAAUGGUUUCGGUUUUCGAAUUUCGGCGAAUGGCAUUGGAAGGAGCUUGCCGUUCUCAUCUGCAACGCCGGAGAAGAAGAAGAAUAAACAGAAGAAAAAGGAGAGUUCGUCCGUUAGCACUUCAAAAGAAACACAGGAUAGUUCUGCUUCUACAAGGUUGAAAAAGAAGGAGGUAAACUCUUGCCAGGUUGAUCUGGAGAAGCAGCUAGGGAAAUUUACGGGAAAACCAUUGUAUCCACCCGUGGGAAAGUCUGUGAUGGUUGUGGAGUCUGUUACGAAGGCAAAGGUUAUUCAGAGAUACCUUGGUGAUAUGUAUGAAGUCUUGCCAAGCUAUGGUCAUGUAAGAGACUUGGCUUCAAGGUCUGAAUCUGUGCGACCCGACGACGAUUUUAGUAUGGUGUGGGAAGUUCCCUCAUCUGCCUGGACUCACCUGAAGAGCAUCAAUGCUGCAUUGAGCGGAGCAAACAAUCUUAUCCUUGCAUCAGAUCCUGAUCGUGAGGGAGAGGCUAUCGCUUGGCACAUAAUUGAGAUGUUACAACAACAGGGAGCUCUGCAUAAUAAUAUUUUUCUGGCUAGAGUUGUUUUUCAUGAAAUAACUGAGCAAUCUAUAAAAAUUGCUUUGCAAGCACCACGGGAGAUUAAUGUGAAUUUGAUUCAUGCUUACCUUGCACGGAGGGCCCUUGAUUAUUUGAUUGGAUUUAACAUUUCGCCAUUACUAUGGAGGAAGUUACCAAGUUGCCAAUCAGUAGGAAGAGUUCAAUCUGCUGCACUUUCUCUAAUAUGUGAUAGAGAACUUGAAAUUGAUCAAUUUAAACCCAAGGAAUAUUGGACUAUGGAGGCCAUGUUUAAUAUGAAAGAGCAGAGAUUAACCAAGGACUUAACAUUUCUUGCUCACCUGACCCAUUUUAAUUCAAACAAGCUGAAUCAAUUUUCGAUUACUUCUGGUAGGGAGGCAAGGGAUGUUGAAAGCAAAAUAAACUCUGCAGAGUUUCGGGUUGUUAGCAUGAAAAUAAGCAAAGUUCAAAGUAAUCCUCCAACACCUUAUAUAACAUCAACACUUCAGCAAGAUGCUGCAAACAAAUUGAAUUUCUCUGCAAGUCACACAAUGGCGCUUGCUCAGAAACUCUACGAGGGAGUUGAACUGCGUAAUGGUAUAACAGUUGGUUUGAUAACAUACAUCAGAACUGAUGGACUCCAUAUUUCUGAUGAAGCUGUUGCCAAUAUUCGCUCCCUGAUCAUUGAAAGCUAUGGACACAAUUUUGUUGCACAAAGUCCACCGCAGUAUUUUAGCAAGGUGAAAAAUGAACAAGAAGCCCAUGAAGCCAUUAGACCGACGAACAUACGUAAUUUACCAUCAAUGCUAGCUGGGGUAUUAGAUGAAGAAUCCUUGAAGCUAUACACACUUAUUUGGUCAAGAACGGUUUCAUGUCAGAUGGAACCAGCUAAUCUUGAGAAGAUACAAGUUGAGUUUGGAAAUGUUGAUCGGUCUAUUAUGUUAAGGUCUUCUAGCUCAAGGGUCGAGUUUCCUGGAUAUCAGGAAGUUUUUACGGACAUUGUCACUGAAGCUGGACAAGAUAGAGAUAGCGAUGGUUCCAAUCAUGGUCUAGCUUUUGAGGUUCUUAAUUCCCUAAAGAAAGAGGAUCUGUUACAUCUUGUUCAAACUGGGGCAAGACAGCACCAUACACAACCGCCACCACGUUACUCUGAAGCAUCACUGGUUAAGAAGCUUGAAGAUCUUGGGAUUGGAAGACCUUCCACAUAUGCAAGCACAUUAAAAGUAUUAAAGGACAGAAACUACGUGACAGUAAAUAAUCGUGUUCUCUCUCCAGAAUUUCGUGGUCGUAUGGUUUCAGCUUUUCUUUCACAUCAUUUUUCGGAGGUCACAGACUACAGUUUCACUGCUGAUAUAGAAACUGAGCUUGAUAAUGUUUCUGCUGGAAUAACCAAAUGGAAAGGUCUCCUCGGAGAUUAUUGGAUGCGGUUUAAAUCAAAUUGUGACCAUGCUUCCGAUAUUCCUAUUUACCAGGUUGAGAAGAUGUUAGAAAAAAAAUUUGGGGAUUUUUUAUUUGGAUCUCUCCCAAAUAAGAGUCGAUCGUGCCCCAGUUGUACGGAAGGCACACUGAUAUUUAAAGUAACUAGAUUUGGUUCUGGCUACUUUAUAGGCUGUGAUCAACAUCCGAGGUGCAAGUUUCACAUAUUAUAUGGUGAUGAGGAGAAGGAAGAUACACCUCAGCCAAACAUCACUAUUGGAGAGGAGCCAAAACUCCUAGGCUUUAAUAGUUCAAAUGAAAAGGUUCUUUUGAAAAGGGGUUCUUAUGCAAUCUAUGUUCAACUCGGAGAAGACAGGAAGGGACACACACCUAAAAGAACAACUGUUCCUUAUGUAAAGGAUUUGGAGUCUACCACCCUUGAAGACGCACUUGCAUUGCUGCAAUAUCCUUUUACAUUGGCUAAGCAUCCUGAGGAUGGACGUCCUGUCAUAAUAAAGGCUGCAAAGGAUGGAUAUUCUAUUAGACAUCGAUCCACAAUUGCUCAUGUUCCUAAGAAUAUGAAGUCAAGUGCAGUUACCUUGGAAAAGGCCCUUGAACUUCUAUCAGGUGAAGAUGCGAGAAAUGUUGGUGGACCGCACAAACGUAAGCUACUAGCUAUGUUCGACAAUUAUGCAAGAGUUACAACUCCCAGUCCCAAAUGAGUCAAGGAUGAUUCAUCUAUGGGGCCAUAAAGUGGAGUUGUGAUUUUUGAGACCCAUAAAGGAUAGAGCAUGUAUAGUUCAAUGAGGAAGAGCAAACAUUGUUUUAUUCACUGUUGUAUCGGUAGAGAAGACCGUAGAGGUCAUUAUAGAUUGGUGGUGGUUUUACCAUAAGUACAAAGUUAAGUAUUUAGAGAAGAUACAAUGGUAGUUUGUAUUUGUUAGUGAUUUUUGGAAGGGAAAUUUCAACUAAAUAAAUUAAA